UCUCCACUAUCUGUCCUCCAAACAUUUAAUAACUGAAGAGGAAACGUGUUCUGAGAUGGAAUAAUCAACGUGUGCUCUCUUUUUCUUUUUACAGUUAAGAAAGCAAAGCUCCAGGGACCACCAGAGAAAUUCAACACCUAUGUAACCCUGAAGGUCCAAAAUGUCAAGAGCACCACAGUUGCCGUCCGAGGGGGCCAGCCAUGUUGGGAGCAAGACUUUCUCUUUGAGAUCAGCCGCCUGGACCUAGGCUUGAUUGUGGAAGUAUGGAACAAAGGGCUGAUCUGGGACACGAUGGUUGGAACAGCCUGGAUUGCGCUGAAGACUAUCCGUCAGUCAGAUGAGGAAGGUCCAGGGGAGUGGUCCACUCUGGAGGCAGAGGUUUUGAUGAACGGUCAGGAGGUCUGCGGCACCAAAAAUCCAACACCGCAUAAGAUAUUGUUGGACGCAAGAUUUGAGUUACCUUUUGACAUUCCGGAGGAAGAAGCCAAAUAUUGGACCAAGAAGCUAAAGCAGAUGAACUCCUUGGAGGAAGAUGAUGAGCCGUCUCCUACAGAAGACGUCCAGAAGCAGCUGAUGCCCCCUGCGGUCUCCCAGUGUUGUAAGUGAGGAGUUUUCCUCCUU